AUGAUUCAGAAAUGGGGUAAGACAUCUUUCACAGCUGUGCGAGGCCGAAAAGAUCGAGAACCCGAGGCAAACCUCGGUCGUGAAAGGGACUUAAGCGUGUCAAAGAGGCCGCGGUUUGACGAUGACCUCUCUGAUGACCCAUUCAGUUUUGAAUCUGAGGAUAUGAAAGGUGCAAGUCGAAACUCCAUAACCAAGGUACCUCUGCAUUCAAAUGCUUCUCAAAAGAACAUAAUUGUUACAGCCCCUGCAGUAGGGAUUGUCACUAAGAAGUCCUUUAAUGAUUACAAAAUUGACUCAUCUCCUGUAAAACCAUUGCUUAAAACGGACCCAGAUAAUGUGUUAUAUCGGUCAGCUAAAACUUAUUCUGUAAGUCCAACCAAAAGAAUUGACCAAUUUUCAAAUAUCCACAGUAGCUCUCAAGAGAGUUCUUUAGAUUCUCCUCCCAAGAAAAUGACCAUCAAAGUCAGUGAUUAUUCCUAUUCACAGAAGUUGUUCCUUUCCCAAAAGAACUCCAGCAGUUCUACCCAACAUUCCAGCAGUCCUGAAUCAUCAUCUUGUAUAACAUUGAGUACACAAUCUUCCCCAGAAAAGCUAAUUUCAGUGCUCAGCAAACUACCUGCAAGCGAGGAGAACAAGGAUGAAGAUAAUUACAAAUUCAAGCGGGCACCUCUAAUCCGCACGUACACGGGCGGCCACAAGUUACCUGUAUCUGUCACUCCUACAUCUUCGCCUUCUAAGCUCAGCAGGAAGCCAGCACCUAAAACAAGUGCUCCUGUCAGUCCUCAUACACCCAACACCGUUUUUCGGGACAAUCAGGACAGUUUUACAAACAGCACGGUGAUCUCUCGGAGUGAAGUGAAAAAUAACCGAGGCACAACUAUUAUUUUUCUGUGCAAACCCAAAGGAAUGGAGGGCAUGAAGACUUUGAAAAAGACCCCACGAGAAACAGCGAGUGAACUCUUUGACAAGAUUAUCAAAAAGAAACCUGUGAAUGUCUGUGGCAGUAGUGAAGAUGAUGACGACGAAGAAGAACCUCCCAACAUCAUCUCAGCAGGUAGUCCGGUUAGUUCUCUAGCCAGUGACGAUGGACCACCACCACUUUCUCCAGAAGAUUUGGAACAUAAGGAAUUGGAUGAGGUUAGUAAAGGUGACUACCACCGCACCAAUUUUGCUGAGGGUGAUGUAGAGAUGUUCAACGACCAAUCUGAUGAAGAAUCCAUUAAGUUAUUUUCCCUCGAUGAUAAAGAAGAUUCGUCAACCUCUGAUGGAAAGAAAAUGCAGUGUUCAUUGAAUGAAUCAAAAAACAAUGAUGUAUUUGAUGACAUAUUCAAAUUGGACGAUGAUUUUACUUUUACAACAGAAAGGUGCAAUUCUGUGUCUAGUGAUGAUAGAAAAAACUCUGUGACUGCCGAUCCUUUUGACUUGGAUGAUACAUAUGACAGGUCAUUGACUAUGCGGACAGCUAAAACAUACACUAGACAAUCGGCCAAAGAGAAACCAGCAGAAAGGAAAAUAUUUAAGUCUAAAAAUACUAAAUAUUCAAUUAGUGGAUCAGUUCCGCCUAAGUUAUCAAGCAAAAGUCCUAAAAAGGUGAGUCUGUUUUGUCCAUAUUUUAUUUUUCUAUAUUAUUUUCAUUUUUUUUUCCUUUCCUUUCACUUUCCUCUUUUCCUUUCACUUUCCUCUUUUCCUUUCCUCUUUUCCUCUUUUCCUUUCCUCUUUUCCUCUUUUCCUUUCCUCUUUUCCUCUUUUCCUUUCCUCUUUUCCUCUUUUGCUUUCACUUUCCUCUUUUGCUUUCCUUUUUGA